AUGCCUCGCCUGUCGACCAGCAGUCGGACAAGCCCCGAUCACGAGCGGAAAGUGAUGAGGAAGCUCAAAGCUCUGAGGCGCGUUUUUGGGCCGACGAGGAUGGACAUUCACAGUGGACCGAAAGUCUGGGAGAAGGCCGAAGCGGAAGCGGCAGCGGAAGAUCCAGGGUCGGUUGUCGGCAUUAACACGAACGCCCGAUGA